AUCUCGAUGAGUCUUCACAAGUUCCUCGUCUCGUUCUGUUUGUGGCUAGCAGUCGUCCAUAUCCACGGCGCCACACUGAAGGUAUCUGAGUCGUGUAAAGAUGCCCCUGAUUCCUGUCCUGUGAACUCCAUCUGUCAGGCGGUUGGAUGUCUCGACAAACUGUGCGUCUGUCAAAACGAAACCCUCGCUAGUGCGGACAAGACCAAGUGUCUCCGAGUGGUGAGCUUGGGCGAGCCUUGUACAGAGGUCGGGCUCACGUGCACAAAACGUGCAGAGUGUUCCACAGACGGUCUGUGCGUCUGCAAGUCCGGCUUUAUCAAGUCAGACGAUGGAGAGCGGUGCAGAGAACAGUCCUUCAUUCCUGGUGAGAAAUAUUCCUUGCUUGGGGAGUCGUGCGAUGACGUCAAUUUGUUCUGCGAGGACGCACGGAAACAGGAAUGCACCAGCGGAACGUGUCAGUGUAAAACCAGACAAAGACAGGUUACUGAGAUCGAGUUCUUCAGCCUACCUAGCUUCAAAGAGUGUGUUCCGGUCGACUUCUCACUAGGAACCGAAGUACAAGCCGAUGACUGUUUAGACACUCUCUGCAAGACAAAGGACAGCGUGUAUUGUCUAGUGGCAGAUUUCAUUCCAAGUUACAAAAUAUUCAUCAACGCCAAGAACUGUCCACACAUCAGCGGAGACUGCCCAGUUGGAUGCAAGUAUAAGCAGCCGGAGAUUUGCAAGAUCUACGGCACAUCAAACUGUGAUAGAUUCAAAUCAUUCAGAGAUAUCUGUUACAUCAAAUGUGAUAGGUGUGGACAGAAACCGUAAACUUUUCUCGAUAUGGAUUGUGUCCCCUUGGCUGAUUCCGUCACCUUCGCCAGUUGUGUAUAAACUGAAACGGACGUUCUAGCAAAUAAAAUAAAAUAUUAGCAGUUGA